AUUCUCUCUUUCCCGCGCUCGAGAGAUAUCAAUUAUUCGAUUCCUCUCCCUUCCUUACAAGCUUUUGAAUUCUUGAGAACAGAGCGAGCUUCCCCCAAUGAACCUUUCAAACAGAGAUGGGUUACAGAGAUAUACACAUCUCCGAUGGUAGUGCUGAAGACGACUCUAUACAAUCUGAUUCCUUGAACAACAAAGAUGAAGGACACAUACCACCAAAUAAUGAAGAAGAUAUGGUUGAAGCGUUUCGUAACUUGCUUCUCCUCCAUGGUCACUUACCUUCAAACCAUGGUGAUCACAAUACUCUUCUCAGGUUUCUAAAAAUGAGGGAUUUUGAUCUGGAGAAUUCCAAAGAUGCGUUUCUCGAUUAUAUAAAGUGGCGACUUGAUUCUAAAGUGGAUUCGAUCUCUAAGAUGUUUAAGUUUGAAGAAUACGAUGAAGUGAAGAAACAUUACCCUCAUGGCUUUCAUAAGGUUGACAAAAGUGGUAGGCCAAUCUACAUCGAGAGGCUCGGGAUGGUUGACCUUAACGCCUUUCUUAAAGCAACCACUGUUGACAGAUAUGUUAACUAUCAUAUCAAAGAACAAGAGAAGACGCUGAGCUUGAGAUAUCCCGCUUGUUCGAUUUCUUCAGGGAAGCAUGUUUCGUCUACCACUACCAUUUUGGAUGUCUCUGGAGUGGGAAUGUCAAACUUCUCAAAACCUGCGAGAUCACUUUUCAUGGAAAUUCAGAAGAUAGACAGCAACUACUACCCUGAGACUUUGCAUCGCCUCUUCGUUGUCAAUGCCAGUUCUGGAUUUAGGAUGUUGUGGCUUGCACUCAAGACCUUUCUUGAUGCUCGGACUUUGGCUAAAGUUCAAGUGCUAGGACCCAACUACCUUGGAGAGCUACUUGAAGCAAUAGAUCCAAGCAACUUGCCAACAUUUCUUGGAGGAAAUUGCACUUGUUCAGAUCAUGGAGGCUGUCUUUUUAGCGACGAAGGACCUUGGAAUGAUCCAGACAUCAAGGAAAAGAUUCAGGAGUCUUCCACAUUCGGAGCUGUUGAUUCAGAGAGGGAAACUAUGGAAAAAGUCUCAGAAAAUGCUUCGGCCAAUCAAAAGGAAAACUCAGGCAAGAUCAUGAUAACACUGGAGAAGUAUACUGCCCUGAAAACUGCUGUUAAGGAUUCCCAGAAGAAAAUUGAAAUGUUGGAGGUAUCACUCCAUGAGACCAAAAAGGUCUUGAAGUUACUCGCGGAGAUCAUUAAACCGAAUGAAACCGAAACAAACCUAUAGCCAGAUACAAACCGGUUUAGAGCGUAAGACAAAUUAGUCAAGAAAAAUGCCCGGUUUAAUGAGCUCGAAAUGAUGAUAGAUAUAGUGUGUGGAAUCCGUACUACGGCGAUAAAUGCAAUCAUGUGUGGAGCCAAUCUGUCUCACAUGCCCUCUAAUUUACUUCCACAAACAACUGCACUGCACUGCACGUGUGAUCUCUGAUGCUUCAACUUCAUUUGCUCACAUUUAUUUCUCUAUGUUUUAUUCAAAUCUAAUUCCACAGCUCGAUUUGAUCCUCUUCCCGAUGACAAAGACAAAUGCGUCACGAGUACUAUUUUAAU